AACGUACUAAAGCGCGCCGAGCGCAGUGUGCUUCGCGGUAGGUGUGUGUGUGUGUGAGUGCAGGCGUUAAUUGCAAAAUCAGCUGAAGGCUGGGAUUCACUUAUCAAUACAACUACAACAACACUGCACCGCGAGUAUUUGCAAAUUGCAACGUUGACUUUACAUUGCCUUGCUUCACACUUAUAGAAUUUAUUUUUACACACACUCACAUAUACAUACUUGUAUAUAAGUAUAUUAAGCUUUAAUACAGGUAACUUGGCCGCAUUAUGGCUCAACAGCGCCCUCAACUUGUAUAUAAGCAUUGAUUUCGAGGGCCUACUGGCAUUCAGUAGCAAAGCGUCUGUCAACGCAUUAACAACAAUUAAUUAACUCCAGCUUUUAGACAAAACAAAUAAUCAACAGCACGAUGAAAUGCACAAUUUUUGUAUUCGCUAUGAUCGCUUUGUUGUUGUGCGCCAGCGUACAAGCCGUUGACAAGUCGGCUUGUUCGCAGCCCAAAGAAGUUGGUCCAUGCCGCAAAUCCGAUCCGAAGGUUUUCUACAAUAGCGAGUCGAAGGCCUGUGAGGACUUCAUCUAUGGUGGCUGCCAGGGUAAUGACAAUCGCUUCGACAACAAAGAGGAAUGUGAGAAGCUUUGCCUUUAAGUGUUGCAACAAAUGUCUAUCGAUAAAUUACACAAUCGAUUGUGUUGAACCAUUUGAGGCGUUUAAUUGUCGUUAAUGCGAAUGAGCAUGAAUAUAAGUAUGAGUAUGAGUAAUUGUUAAAUAAUUAUUGUUUCACUUUUGUUAAUAAACAGUUAAGUUGCGCAACAUUUGUUUAUAAAUAAA